GAAACUCGGAUCACCUUCUGGGAAAGUUGCAAACCUUCUAGUGACUCUAGUUCCUCCCCUGUGGGGGCUAGCAUUUCCUCCUUCCUCAGGGGUAAAACCAAGUACCUUUAGCUCGCAGCAUAUGCUUCGAAUCUAUGCACAAACGCGUAAAGCGCAAAUGUAUUCCCUACGUUUGACUUGCUCCUACUUCUGUCGGGCAGUUGUUUAAAGGGCUUGCCUUUUUUUCCUGCUCGGAUUUUUUUGGCUGCCAUCUGAAAGAACAAAACGGGAUCGGGAGGAGGAGUCAGGGUCCGUUCGGGGGUUGCAACCCCCUCCUCCUCUUCUCCAUCUCCCUCCCCGUAUGGGAGCAGGCUGGGAACUGUUGUUAGGUAUGUGGUUCCUAGGUCAGCAGCACGCUGGAUCGAACUAGGAAGAAGCUUGGGGACACUUGAAAACCGUCAUGGAGAAUGUGGAGUUUCGAAGCGGCCAGGAAAGAUUUCCGGACAAAGAUCCGAGGCUGAAUCCCGUAUUUCUGGACCAGGGACAAACCCACCACCAGCUGUUGGUGAUGGACCAGAGAGGAGUUGAUCUGUACAAACUGGUGGAAGUACAACUCACUGGCGGAGCUCCAUGGGGAUUUACACUAAAAGGAGGAAGAGAACACGGGGAGCCGCUCAUCAUCACGAAGAUUGAAGAAGGCAGCAAAGCUGCAGCUGUUGACAAGUUGCUGGCUGGUGAUGAAAUUGUCAGCAUCAACGAUGUGGCGCUCUCUGGGUUCAGGCAAGAGGCAAUUUGUCUGGUGAAAGGUUCACACAAGAUGCUGAAGCUUGUAGUGAAAAGGAAGAUGAAUUUGGUGGUGGAUAUUGUAGCACCAGGAAUGCCAUCUGAAAAUGAUGUUCAUGUGGCCAGGAGCUAUCUUACGAAGAUCUUGAGAAGCUCCAUGAGAAAAAAUGACCUAACCUGCAGGCCCCACUCCUGGCAUGCAACCAAAUUUACCGAGAAUCAGUCUGAAACAGCCACAUCACGGCUGUCUUCGCCCAAUGUCUGCGCUUCAUGGCACUCCCGAUAUCAUGCAAGCUCCUCUUCUCAUGACCUGUCAAGCUCGUGGGAUCAAUCAAAUCUCCAUCGCACUUCAGAUCAAUUCAGCUCUGCCGGAAGCAUGGACAGCUGGGAUCACACACCCCAAACAUAUCAGUAUGGACAGAUGUCAUCAGCAAAAUCCAACAGCAGCAUUGAUCACUUGGGAAAUUCCAGCAAAAGAGAUUCAGCCUAUGGCUCUUUUUCCACCAGCUCUAGUACUCCUGACCACAUGCUAUCCAAUGUAGAUGUUGCCUCUGCUGAGAAUGUGCUAUACAAAGUAAGUCACUGGGAUACCCCAAAACAAGGGAAUGGCAAGACUGCUUUAUUCCUAAGUGAUAAUGGAGGAUUAGAGGAGAAAUCUGCUUGCUUCCCACCUCCACUGCAGUAUGAGAACAACAAUAAAAGCCCCCGGCUGGAAGAUCAUUCUGAUGCAAAGUAUUCUGGAUCUGGAAGAUCAAAUUUUGGACCUGUUUGGUAUGUCCCAGAGAAAAAAAAGUCACCCUCUCCUCCUCCACCACCACCACCUCUCCGUAGCGAUAGUUUUGCUGCCACCAGAGGUCAUGAAAGAACUCAUGCCACUCUUUACUCAGAGGGUAUUCAGAGCACCCAGCACUUUGACAUCCUGCAUAGACCCCAACCCAGGACUGACUGGAGUACUGAAGUUACAGAACAACAAAAGCGAGCUGCUAGGGUAGUUGAGAAGACCUCAAAUGGGAAACAAAGCAGCAACCCACCGUACAGGUCUGAUCUCAGUCUGGAUUACAGUUUGCCUUGUGCAGGUGACAGAAUCAAUAAUAAUGUGGGAAAUGCCAACAGGCUGCAUUCAUCCCUGUCCAGUACUGACGUUCGAUUUGCACAGUCCAUUUAUGGGCAUCACUGCCAUCACCAUCAGCGCCAGUACAGUGAUGAAAGCACUUUCUUUCACAAGGCAAAGAACCCUGCAUUGCCUAAAGAGCAGCAGCUCCUCUCCUCUUAUGCUGGCAUUCAGGAAAGCCCUGCUGACAAACACAACCUCCAAUCCAGCCCAUGUAGGACAUCGAGCACUAGUGCUGCUGCUUCUGACAUCAGUUCUGAAGAAAAAAUGGACAGCACUGGGCUAAGUCGCUACUAUUGUGUGGCCAUGAAGCAGCCUGCUCAGGGAAACUCUAGACCACUACAGCCCAAAGAUGAAUGCUGGAAUUCUGGAGCUGGUGUUCAGGCCUCUGCUAGACCACACGAGAAUCCUGCUGUAGCCAUGAUGACCCAAAGCCCAAAAUAUUAUCUACCUCAGCAACCUGUUGAGCCUUCUCGGGAUGCAUGUGGAAAAAGCAGUCAUUGUGUAGGUAAUAAAGGAGAGGAUGUUAGGACUGCUGUGGUAGAAGAUUCCAAAAAGUUUAGCUACCCUGAAAAAUCAGGACUGGCUAAGAAUUUUGAGAACCACAAUAGUUUUAAUGAGCAAGAAUAUGCUCAAGAAUGUACCAUAAUGUCAGAUAAAAAUGUUGCCCCAAAAGAUUUCAAAUGGGGUCAGGAUGAGAAGGACAAAAUUUCUCCUCAAAAGACCCCAAUGUUGCAUUCCUUAGCUCAGGAAGGGAAAAACCAGCCUGACAAAGAUGCUGAAACUGGAAUUAAUAGACAGCCCAUGUUUGAUGCUCAUCUGAGUAAAAAUGCAAGAAGGAGUGAUCGUUUUGCUACCACAUUGAGAAAUGAGAUCCAGAUGAGGAGAGCAAAACUGCAGAAAAGUAAAAGCACAGUUACUUUAGCUGAAUCAACUGAGACAGAGUUUGCUGAGAACUGGAAACCUGAUUCUGCAGAAAAGGUGAACCCUUCAUCAGAAAAUUCUUUUACUAAUGAAUACAAGGAUAAUCUUAAAGAGGCCCAGGCCCGAGUGCUGAGGGCAACGUCUUUCCAACGCAAAGACUUGGAACCCAGUUCUACAGAUUAUUUUCCAGACCGGAAGGCAAAUAAUUAUAACUCUACAUUGUUGGCUCUAGUUUCUGAAGAUGAAUCUGGCUUUCAUGAGGCUACACAGUCUUCUAAACAAAGUUCACCUGCUAGCAGCCACCACAUUUCUCGGAUUGGUGGUAGAAAGAGGUUCACUGUAGAACAAAAGUUGAAAUCUUAUUCUGAGCCUGAGAAGAUAAAUGAAGUGGGAGUAUCGGAUGAUGAUUACCACCCACGCCGUCGUCCAACCACGUCUGAGGAAACCUUAGGUUCUUUUGCUGAUAGGUGGAAGUUCUUUGAAGAAACAAGUAAGCCUGCCUGUCAGAAAUCUUCACAGACAAACAUUCUCUAUGGUCGACCUGAAGGACAGCCUGGUAAUCAUCGCAGAAAUUCUCAUGAGGGUGAGACUGAGGGGUCAUGGUACGUAAGGAGAAUGCGUGCAGCUUCUUUUGGAAUUGAAAGUUCACUUGCUGCUUAUAACAGAUCCAAAGACAGCAUCAUUAACACUGGCCACAAAAUGAAAUCUGGACAACCUCAGAGGCUAGAAACUUUUGCAGAGUAUCAAGCUUCAUGGAAAGAGCAGAGGAAACCUUUAGAGACUCGGAGUUCAGGAAGAUACCAUUCUGCUGACAACAUCCUUGAUGCUGGCCAUGAACAGCUUGAGAAACCGCAAUACACACAUGAGCGAUCCAGGUCAUCUCCUUCUACGGAUUUCCACAAACAGGAAGUAUCCACUGCAGUAAGGAGGCAAACAGAAAAUUCAAAGGAAGCUGAAGAGUAUAAUACUUCUCCAGCAGGACCUGAUGAAAGAAGCUGCAGCUCAAGCUUCUUUUCUAAGUUCACAGUGUCUCUUCAGCCUCCUCUAAGCAGAGAGCAAACCUGCCUUCUUUCUGAAUCUCAGAGACCAGUUGAUGUAGGAUAUCCAGAAGGCCACCCUGGAGGACCUGGAGCAUCUCAAUCAGAUUUCGGUGUCGGCAUUAAGUGGAAAGCAUCAACCAGGCCCUCACACACAGGGCAAACCUCUGUUUUAUCUCAAGGGAGCCGAAGCAGAUCUGGGACAUUGCCCAGCGAUUAUAGGUAUUCACAGGAAAAUGUGAAUGAAAAAAGCAAAGAUUACAAUGUGCUGCCUCCAACUGUUUCUGAGCGGCAAAACACAGAUGAAAACCACCUCUGUCAAUCACAAGGCAAAGGAGAAGAAAGCCUACAAGCAGAGCUGGGGCAACUGAAUAAGAAACAUGGUCCUAUACCUCAGAGAUCUCCCACACCUAAACGAGAUAAUAAACACAGACGGCAGGACAGUUCUUUGGCAUCAAUUCCUGCAUCAUCAGAGUCUUUACUGACAGCAGCCUGUUGGCCAGUUCAGUCAGUGCCUCCUGUUUCUUCCAGUGUGGUUGCUGGUCACUUCUCUCCUUCUCACACUGUGAAGGUUUCUGGAAAAUUAGGAAGCACUGAGCUGCCAGAGGCGCCACAGCUGGUAUCCAUAGAGAAUGUUUGUCAGCACUUAGAAGAAAAAACACCUCUCAAGCCUGAACCUGUGCCAUCUUCGACGUAUCACUACCUACAAAAACCGGGAAUGGAAACAUCAAGGUCUCCUUCACCACAGUUUGCUCCACAGAAGUUAACUGACAAACCUCCUGUAGCUGUCCAGGAUGAGAAUCCCACAAGAAUUGAAAGAGUGAUGGAUAACAACACAAUGGUCAAAAUGGUUCCUAUCAAGAUUGUACAUUCUGAGAGCCAUGCGGAGAAGGAAAGCAGGCAGAAUCUUCCAAGCACAAUAGAGCCUCCUGCUUUGCCAAGUGGAUUGGAGAAAGAUCAGAUUAAGACACUCAGCACUUCUGAACAGUCCUACUCACGUUUCUGUGCUUAUACAAGGCAAGGUGUGGAGUCAGAGCCUGAGAAAAAAAAUAGAUUGCCUUAUUUGCAGCCUGCUGAAGCACCAGGAACCAACUUGAAGGACAGUGAUGUUCCUGCUCAUGCAGUUAGCUAUGUGAGAGCCAAAGAAAAGACAAUUGAUGAUUGGAAGUCAGAGGAGUUAGCCAGAGAAAUUGUGGGCAAGGAUAAAUCAUUAGCAGAUAUUUUGGACCCUAAUGUGAAAAUCAGAACGACAAUGGACCUGAUGAUGGGAAUCUUUCCAAAAGAUGAGCAUCUCUUGGAAGAAGCACAACAGCGCCGAAAGCUUCUUUUAAAAGUUCCUUCACCAAAAGCCUCAGAGGACAAGAAAGAGGAGCAGCCUCCUCCUUUGGCCAUUCCCCUGACAACCAGUUCCACUUACUAUAGCACAUCUGUGCCAAAGGCAGAACUCCUGAUCAAAAUGAAGGACAUGCAGCAGCAGCAACUACAGCAGCAAAGUGAAGCAGAUUCUGAGGAUGAGCUAGACCAUGACUUGUCUGAGAAAAAGCAAGAGCUUAUAGAUAGCAUAAGCCGAAAGUUACAGGUGCUGCGAGAAGCUCGGGAGACACUCCUGGAAGACAUUCAGGCGAACAAUCUGCUUGGAGAUGAAGUAGAGGCCAUUGUGAAAGAAGUCUGCAAGCCAAAUGAGUUUGACAAGUUCCGGAUGUUCAUAGGAGACUUAGACAAAGUGGUCAACCUCCUGCUGUCACUCUCUGGUCGGCUGGCCCGAGUAGAAAAUGCCUUGAACAAUUUGGAUGAAAAUGCUUCUCCUGAAGAACGGCGAGUCCUGGUGGAGAAACAGAAGCUACUCACACAACAGCAUGAAGAUGCGAAGGAGCUGAAGGAAAACCUGGAUCGAAGGGAACGCAUUGUCUUUGACAUUUUGGCCAACUACCUGAGCGAUGAAAACCUUGCAGACUAUGAGCACUUUGUCAAAAUGAAAUCUGCCCUCAUCAUUGAGCAGCGAGAGCUAGAGGAUAAAAUCAAGCUUGGUGAAGAGCAGCUCAAGUGUCUGACUGAUAGCCUCCAGCCUGAAAGGCCUAAGUGACACAAAUGAGGGUAACGGGUGGCAUUCCAAGUAUGCAACAUCUCUGACCACGAGGGGGAGCCAUUGAAAAGAAAGUGACAUAAUAGCAAUAAUGUCAGAGGUUUGUUUCUGUGUUGGCUGUAUUUGCAUUUCUGGAAUCACAUUUAAUCUCUGGCUUUUUCUAUCAUACAGUCUUUAGAAAAUUCUGCAGUUGUUUGAUUCUGUGCUUCAGGUUCAUUGCCUUGUAGAAUCUGCUGCAGUUUAGCAUAAAAGCAGUUCUUGGUUGCUGUUUUAAAGAAAUAAAUGAAUAGUUUCUGUUCUCGGAUGCCGUAGAGAUCAUUGCAAACCUCCAAAAUAAGCAACAUUCAGGACCAGUUUAGAGAAACUUCCUUUUAAAGUAGCCACAUCAAGCAGAGAACAUCACUUUCUGCGUGCUAUGUAGCUUUACAUUCAGAUUGAUAAGAUGUAGGGACAUUUUCAUUCAUGUACAUAUGAUUAUUUUUAAGGUAUUUCAUAAGAAAUAUUGCUCCAAAAAUUAUCAAGAUCAUUUAUACAAGUAACCUCCUAGCCAUUUGUCAUAGUUAUAUCCAAACACUCUUAGGGCAUGGUGUAUUUGCGUGGUUGUUAUUUUUAUUGUCUUGAUGAGCGGACACAUUAUUAUCAUUUCAUUAGUUACUUCAUGUGUGGCGAGGGGGUGGCUAGAAGGAAAAGGAAGGGGAGAGUUUCAUUGGCUUCAUUGGCUUUCAUACUGUCUUGUAUGAAAGUGAUAAUAAGGUCCCAACCACUGGACACGUACAGGAUCUAAGCUAUGAGGUAGGGCUGCUUUGCCACAUUAGGUGCUGCUUGCCAGAGAAUCAGUGGAUAAUACUUCAGAUUAUUAGCAGACCAUGCUGCCCAUCUUCCUUCCCCACCCUCAUUUUCACAGAGCUCAUUAUUUUGUGCCACUUGUGCCCUUGUCGCUUCAGUACUAUUUUUGCCAUUUUUGUCUUCCACAAAAAAUACUUUACCAUCUUUUACUUAGUUCCUUCACAGUUGCAGGGAUCUUACAUUACAAUGUGUGAGAUGGAGAUGUAUUUAGAUUUUGCUUGCUAACUAUUAUACCUUUAAAGGGACUUUGUUUUACACCUUGGGAUCACAUGGAACAUAUUUCUAAUUGUACCAUCUGAUAGUGUUCCAACAUUAGUAAGAAGUACCAUUCAGCAGUCUUAUAGAAGAUAAGCAGGAUGUGAUAACAAACUCUAAUGAAUGAUUCUGUAAGUACUGCUGUGUUGUCCACAUUUCCAUUGGAUAGACUGAAAUCCUGUGAGCUGUUCUAUGUUCUACUGAGAAAUUAAUUCACUCCACUCUUCACUAUUGAAUCCAGUUGCCAUAAUCUUUUAUUUCAGACAUGAGAUUAGUUCAAACGUUACAGAAAAGUGAGAAAUACCUCUCUUGUAAACGUUGCAUUGAGACUCGAAAGUGGGCCAAGGUUUCUGUUCCUCCCAUCCUUCCAGUAAAAACAGAGUACUUGUUGGCUGUGCACAGUUCUGUCAUAAUUAGCUUCUCAGAUUAAACCCUUCACAAGCUGCAGACUUCAGUCCUUAGUGGUGCUUUCUCCCCAUUGAUCUAAUAUAUUGAUGCAGUCUACCCUCCACCACUUGCUUACAUGAGUGUCAUUCUUUUAAAAGUUGUUCUUAUCCCAGUUCUGUUUUGAUUUGUUCAUCUUAGAAGACUCUUGCCAUCACCAGAUGCUGCUACACCUCUCUGAACUGAUGUUCAUUUUGUUUCAGAAUUCUUUUACUAAUUUUUAAAUAUGGCCAAGGUAAAAAUAACCUUUUGAUUUCUGUCAGUAAGCUUUUACCUGUGACUUUUUUUUUAAAAAAAAGUAAUGACUGUUUUAGUGGUUCUGAUUGUGUACGUGGACUCCAAAUAUAAUUUCAAUAUAUCUGUAAACAGUGCUUUGAAUUAAGACCUGUAAUUCAUAUGAAGAUAGCAAUUUGGGAUUGAUAUAUAACUGUAUAUUAUCCUUUUCAUAAUGUGAUAUUAAUCACCUUUGGCUGACCAGUCUCUUUGGCUCUCUCUUUUUUUAAAUAAAAAAUGUUGGUUGUUUUACUGGAUGAGAUCAGCAGAUGGAUUCCUUCUCUUCCUGUAUAUAAUUCUAUAAAUAGAUCCAUUGUUGCUUUGUGUGAGAGAGAAUCUGGUGCUAACCUCUUGCCUUUGGCAUCCAUAGGUGAUGGCUUAUUCCUUAAUUCGUUAUGUGACAUUGCAGUUUUUAGGCUUUUAUUUUGUAUAGUGAAAAAUAAUUGUCAGGUUCCACCUUCCCAUUAUAUCUUUGGAAUAUGCAACCUUGAGGAAAAUCGUAUAUUCACUACUUACUUGUUGCUUACAUACUUAUCUACUGAUAAAACUACCUUGCUUGACCAAGGAAAAUAAAGUGAAUAUUGUGUUUCAGUGUA